UUAAAUUAUCCAAUCUGUGACCCGCAACUUACACCUAGCUCUGACCUGCACCCCAACCCCAUCGGACCGUCCCGACCCAUCACUCGUACGCUCAGUCUCCACCAAGUUUUUGCUUUUCGCAAGAUUAGCUUUUUUUGAGGAAAAGAAACUGCAAGAUUAGCUUCACUUAAUUUCUCUAUUUUCACUUUUGCUCGACUUUUUACGUUGUAUCUUUCACAACUGAAAAUAAAUAAAUAAAUAAAUAUUAAAAAAAGAAAAAGAAAAAGAAAAAAUACACUAUUUUCAGAGAAAAGCUUUGAUCUAAAUUCCAAGAAAGCCAGAUAUUCGUAGUCACUAUUUGUUGUUAUUUUCUCGAACAAAAUCUCGAAAUUAAGAGAGAGAGGCAAUGGGGAGUUCGUCGGAUGAUUUCUCUGUGGUGGUUCUGGCGUCGGAUCUGGGGGUCGACGCCCGACCCUUUCUAUCCAACCCGCCGCCAGAAGAAGAGAAUUGGCACGAUUGCUCUUCCUAUCUUCCCUCCGCCGACGACCAAAGUCUAGAUUUUUCCGACCUCGAUGCUCUCAGCUUCUUCCGCCGCGAAAAUGGUUGUGAUAAGUCCGGAAACCGUAUCUUCCGCAUCAUCGGAAAGUAUUUUCCUGCUCCUGUGAUCUCUGGAGAAAGGCUGAAGAAGUAUAUCUUCCACAAGAUUUUGACAGAGAUGACUGAAGGCCCUUUCUGCAUCGUAUAUAUGCAUAGUACCGUGCAGAAGGAGGACAACUCACCUGGUCUUACAAUGCUUCGAUGGAUAUAUGAAGAACUACCCGAGGACUACAAAGACAGGCUUCAGGUCGUGUACUUCAUUCAUCCAGGACUUCGAUCGAGACUUGUCUUUGCCACUCUUGGGAGAUUUCUUUUAAGUGGAGGAUUAUACUGGAAAAUCAAAUAUGUGAGUCGGCUUCAGUAUCUCUGGCAUGACAUAAAGAAGGGACAGAUCGAGAUUCCCGAGUUUGUUCAACAACACGAUGAUAUCUUGGAGCACAGACCGCUGACGGAUUAUGGCAUCGAACCAGAUCCAAUGCAUUUGAUGGAGAUCCCUUCUACAGCCUAUUCAUUUGGGAGGUACGACAUGGGAUGGUCAUCCAGAGAAUGCAGUUCUUAGUGGUAACAAUCUCUUCUCGUUGUUAUCGUGUCGUGUUUGUGCUGUGCACGUCGAAGCAGCUCGUGCACAAGCUGUAGCAUGUUUGCCUUUACUAUACUACUCUGUGGGUGUGGAUUUUGUUAAUAUGGUGGCUCCCAUGUAUAUGCUCAUUAAGGGGUAAAUCUUGUUUUUAUUAUGGAUGUUACAUCUUACAUGUUUUUCGUUUGGGAUAUAUGUGACAAUUUAUGGAAUGUAAUAUCCAGUUGAACUUUAACGGGGCAAUGACAAUAUAUACAAGUUUUUCUUUUUGGAUA